GGCUCAAUAGUUAAACUUUUAAAUUAUAAAUAAACAAGUUUCGCAUACGUAGAAGGCAAAAAGACAUAUAGGCAGCCCUGAUUUUGCCAGUGUGUAACUGUGAUCCCUGGGAUACGACCAUAAUGGUCAACAAGGUUUACAAAAAUGGCAGUUUAUCAAUGUGAAGAUGAGUUAGACAGGCUGUUGUUACAGCUUCGUACUUCGUUGCACAGAUUCGAGUCGCUUAAUGAACAACAACAAAACGACCGCUUUAGUGAAGCUUUGCUUCUUUUUGAAAGGGCAAAGGUAGCAGAAAUCAAUUACCAGCAUGAAAUAGAGGGGCUGAAAGUGCAAACAAAACAAACGCACUUGUCUCGUUUGCGUGAGAAACAAGAAAAGUUAAAUGAACUUAAGGAAAAUCUUGAACAGCUGCGUACAAUAGUAGAGAAGAAUGAAAUGAGCAAUUUUGAAAAAAUCAAAACUUCAGGUAAUCUUACAAACACAGAGAAACUUAUCGCAUGGGGAGAUGAUAUCCAGGAUAAAACACAAGGUGCUAUAAACCGAAUCCGAAACCUCACUAUAACGUCUGAAAAGAUUGGAGUAGAAGUAACUCAAGAUUUAGAACGACAAACUGAGAAUCUAAACCGCGUUGGCAAGACGAUCAACGCUGUUGAUGAGAAUUUGGAGCACGCAAAUGCCACAUUAAAGCAAAUCGCAAAAGGUGUCCUUCGCGAACGGUUUGUGCAGAUACUGAUUGUUCUUAUUAUACUAAUGACGAUAUGCACCAUUCUUUUGUUCAUGUAUGCUGGGAAAAAAGGAUGAAUAAUAAGAACACAGAUUGUGUG